CUUCCACCAAGAGGUGGAGUUUGUCGGCUUCAUAUGCCUUUGGAGGAGCGUAUUGUGUAACAUGCAAACUAAAGGCAAAGGAACAAGUUGGUUGAGAACACGCUUGAGUGGAAAUUGAGAACUUGCUACAUUGGAAGAGCCCUGGACACAAAAAUGGAGCAAAUUACAGUACAGACGGGUUGUACAAUGGGAAAGAAGCUGUUGCUGUUAGAUGUUGACUGUGGGGUGGAUGAUGCCCAAGCGAUGAUGAUGGCUCUUGCAGCUCCUGAUGUACACAUCCUGGGUAUAACGUGUACUCACGGAAACACAAACAUUGAAAACGUUUGCAAAAAUGUGCUGCGAGUGUUACAACUUUGCAAUAGGAUGGAGAUUCCUGUAUACCGGGGUGCAGGUACCUCUCUCCUUGGAGAACGUCUCCAUGAUGCUGCUUAUCAUGGAAAGGAUGGUCUGGGUGAUGUCCCAGACCCGAAGGCUCCAGGGCUGGAACACAUCCAAGCUGAGCAUGCAGUGAAUGCCAUGAUAAGAAUAGUCAACAAGCAUGUUGGCCAGGUCUGUCUUGUUGCUGUUGGACCCCUGACCAAUGUGGCCCUGGCUGCAAAAAUGGACCCCACUUUCCCAACAAAACUGAAAUCUUUGUACAUCAUGGGAGGAAACAUGGAAGCUCGAGGGAAUGUGAGAGUCUGCAGUGAGUUUAACUUUGUUACUGACCCAGAAGCAGCUUCCAUUGUCCUCAGCCAUUUUACAUGCCCCACUCACAUUGCCACCUUGGAAUAUAGUCUCCGUCAUCGAUUACCAUGGGACUUUUUUCAUCAGUGGGUAAAUCAAAAUACUGAAAAAGCUCGAUUCAUGAAAAGUAUAACUGCACUUACUACUCAGUAUGUCAAAGAUGAUCAAGGCAACAAAGAGUUGUACUUUGGACAGGGGUUUGUGUCCUGUGAUUCCUAUGCAAUGGCUGCUGCAAUUGAUGAGUCUGUUGUCACUGAACAUGCAGUGUCUGGGGUAAGUGUGGAACUGCAUGGAUCAUUGACCAGAGGGAUGAUGGUUCUAGAUACCCUUGAUCUCCUGAAACUAAAGCACAAAGCUAUUGUUUUUCUGAAAUGUGACAUGGAAAAGUUCAAGCAGCUGUUGGUUAAUGCUGUGAAAUAGGAUGCUGCAAGCUUUUAGUGGGGAAAGAAAGGAAAAGUGAACAUAUAUUUCAUGUUGUAUUAUUUAGGAAGUAAACUCUAAUGCAAUACAAACUUAGCCAAAUUUAAACAACAUGCUGAUACAUUGCUAAUACCUUUAUCACAGUUACACUGCUUGUGUCUGCCUGGCCUCAACUCAUCUGCUAUGAAAACCUUCAUUCAUGCCAUUACCAUCUCUCAAAGUUGAUUAUUCUAAUGCUCUUCUGGUGGCAUUCCACCUUUCUUCCCAUUGUACAACUGAGGUCAUGCAAAAUUUGCUGCCUAGACCUAGCUUCCACUGAAUCCAAUUAAUGUUUACCUGUCCCCUAUCCUAUUGAGCUACAUUGGCUUUUAAUUCUUAUCUUUAAAUCUUUCCCUAUCUCUGCAACCCUGAGAUUCUCUAAUCCUUCCAUUCUAGCCACAUGUCUGCUGCCUUCCAUCACUCCAUUGUCAGCUGUAUCCUCCCUAAGCUCUGGAAUUCAACCCCUAUACCUCUCUGCCUUUCUUUUCCCUCUAAGAUGUUGUAUAAAUCCUACCAAUGUGACCAAACUUUCUGUCAGGUUUCCUAAUAUCUCCUUAUGUUGGUGUCUGAAAUAACUCAUCGAAGCCAGUGUCCCAUGACCAAGUCACCCUUUGUUUACAUGUGCACAGCACACUGGCUCUGGCCAGCCUGCCUGUUGCCAGCCCCUGAACUGAUGCUCCUGGAUUGGCCUGGGUUAAAACCCCAAUCAAGGAGCUCAUAGUCAAUGAGGUCCACCUGAUUCCAAUCACUACAGUGUCAAAUUUACUUAAUGGGGGUAUUCUAUUAAAUUCCCGAUGAAGGGCUUUUACCCAAAAUGUCAAUUUUCCUGCUCCUCAGAUGCUGCCUGACCUGCUGUGCUUUUCCAGCACCACUCUAAUCUAGACUCUGAUCUCCAGCAUCUGCAGUCCUCACGUUUGCCUUUUGCCCAGUCUUCUAUUAAAUGCCUUGGGUGCUUUACUAUUUUAAAGUCGCUUUUAUUAAUUGUUACAGCAUUAACCAGCUGAUUAUGCUUUGGCCUUAGAAAUUUGCAUUUCGAGAAAACCAUUUCGCUUUCUUUGUUUUACUAGUUAGCUGAAUUUGAUGCAAGGAUCAAUUCAGUUAUGAAAGCUAAAAUAAAAACAGUACUGGAGAAAGUCAGCAGAUCUGGCAGCAUCUGAGGGGAGUUCUUUGGGACUGAAGAAGUAAUCAUACUGGACUCAACAUUAACUCAGUGUCUCUCUUCCUAUAUACUGCUAGGUCUGCUGACUUUCUCCAGCACAUUCUGUUUAUAUUUUCAUCUCCAGCAUCUGUAAUACUUUGCUUUUAAUUGUGAAAAUUUCUAUAUUUAAUCUCAUAGAGGAAUAUGUUAUACUUUUUUAAAAAGAGCUUUGCUUUUAUUUAAUCAGAUG